UGAAGUAUUGGAUUUCCACUACCGCUUGUGUAUUUCGUUUUGUCAAAACGAACGUGUUUAGACAUUAUGUCUGAAGAAUCGCCACAAAAUGUUGCAAAAUCUGUUGCUGAAAGCAAUCCUUUCGAACAGCCGGGGGAAUAUGGAGACGAAAUUACGAUAACAUUUGAACACAAUGAAAAGCUGUAUGUGUCUAAAGUGUUUCUUCGCCACAUUUCAUCAGUCUUCAAGACGAUGUUCAAAUGCCAUUGUGUAGAGGUCAAUUCUUUCAGUUUGGAGAUAACAGAUUUUAACAAAGAUGAUUUCCUGGAGUUUUUGCUUUGCUGCUAUCCAGGGACGCUCAAACGCCUGAACAUUAACAAUGUGCUAUAUGUGGUUCCCAUAGCACACAAAUACGACGUUCGGCCAUUGGUACAGGAAAGCAAGGUCCUAUUGGGUGCCUUUUUGACAGAAUGCAGCAAGUUGGCAAAAAAACAACUUGAACCUACCCAAAUAUCGAGCAUCAAAGUUUGUCUACAAAUACUUCAGACGGCAAAUCACCUUGAUUUCUGUGAAAUAACUGAUCAGGCGAUUCGGACGAUUUCCCAGUUUAGUUCAUUUAUCUACCUUAUAAGUGAUACAGAUAAAGAGAAGAUAUUAGGUUAUGUGGACGAACCGGACGAGGAUCCCAAAUACGUACGCAGACCAAUAGGAGAUAAUAGACAAUGUUUAGCAAUAUUUAACGAGCUUCCUAGCGAUAUUCGCAUCAAAAUUAUGAAAGAACGGCUGAUCGAGAAAGAGGAUGACGAUUGGUUUAUUUUUUAGUGUAUCUAAUGUGUAUUUAUAAGCUCGCUGAUUGUAACAUGCACAUAUAAAUGUUUACAUCGAAUUACAUUCUAUGCUUAUCACCCGUAAUCACGCGGCAUUGAGUUUUCAUCCGGGGAUAACCGUUAUGUGUAAAGGUUUUGCUUUUUUUAGUUGGUAAAUAAAAUCAUCAAGAACUGUAUGCAGACUAACCAGAUUUCACAUAUCUCAGUUAAAUGUCAAAUGUGGUAACUCAAGUAAUCAUUGAAUUAUUUUAGUUUUAAACUUUGCACUACGAUGGUAUUAUAAACGUAAACAGCUUCUGGUGAAAGAUUUAUUAUUUAAAACCAGUUUAUAGAAACAAACAAUUUAACGCGCUGUAUAUCUGGAGUGAGACAUUUUAUUUUUCUUCAAAUCCAGCAGUUCAUCGUUUCCUUGAGUCGACAUUUCCCUGUAAAUGCCACGGUACUUCAUUUCCACGCCACGGUUCUUUGCUUCCAAACAACGUUACUUAGCUUACACGCGUGGGUACUAAGUUUGCACUUGGUGGAACCUCAGUUCAGGCGACGGGUUUUCGUUUCUAUGCGACGUUUCUUCUUUUCUAUGCGACGGUCCUUCGUUUAUACGCGAUGAUACUUCCUUCCUACGCGACGGUUCUUCUUUUCUACGCGACGGUCCAUCUUUUCUGCAUGACGGUCUUUCGUUUCUACGCGACGAUACCUUCUUUCUACACGACGGUACUUCUUUUCUACGCGACGGUCAAUCUUUCAUGCAAGUCGGUCCUUAUUUUCUAGCACGAUUUUUUUGUUGCAAAGCAAUAGUAUUUUUAAAGCGACCAUGUUAUGAUCGUGAUAUAACAUGUAUUAUUGAUUUAUAUAUAAUGGAUUUGCGAAUGUAUUUUAGACUGUGUGUAUAAUUCUCCUGUGUAAAAGCAUAUGGAUAAGAAAUGAACAAAUUAUUAUGUUUACUUUCAUGAAUCUUUUGCAUGGGCCGCUUAAGUUCGACUGAUUGUUUUUUAAUGAUUGUGUUUGUUUGUUCUC